CUCCAAUCUUGACUUCUCUGGCCACGGUCUCUCGAUAGUCGACAGGGAUCUACUUUUUCUUCAUCAUGUCCGCCCAAAACUCCGCGGGUAUUCAGACUCUACUGGACGCUGAGCGAGAAGCUCAGAAGAUUGUUCAACAAGCUAGAGAAUACCGCACAAAGCGAGUAAAGGAAGCGCGGACAGAAGCACAGCGCGAGAUCGAUGACUACAGGAAACAGAAAGAGGACGAAUUCAAGAAGUUUGAGGCCGAGCAUUCGAGCGGCAACAAGAAAGCCGAAGAGGAGGCAAACAAGGACGCAGAGGCACAGCUGGUCGACAUCAAGAGCGCUGGCAAGAAAUCAGGCGACAAGGUGGUGAAGGAUCUUAUCAGUGCCGUGGUUGAUGUCAAGCCUGAGGUUCCAGAGAAGAUCGCGGCUUAGAAGUUGGCAGGAUAUCGUCGCUGUAUAUUUCCUUAUGAUCGAGUUCGGGCUGGUCUUGGCCUUUUGAAACGGAGUUCCGUCGUUAUAUUCUAUAUUAUGCAUUUGCAUCGCAUGAAUCGAUGAUGCCUUUAUCUGACUGAAUAUGCAAAUUGGUAGAAGACUUCUAUGGUAAACCGGAUUUUGAACAGA